AUUAGUUCAUUUCAUUUCACAACUUGGAUCCCAUUCCACACUGCUCUAAAACCAUUGGUCCGUCACAAAACUUCUGUAACCAACGUGUUACUCUCAUAAACCUUUCUCACACAUUGCGUUGAACGAAUCUCAGAAACGAUGAAGUGUGUUUUGUACCUUUGGAUCUGAAAAAUGGGUUCCUUUGAUCUCAUCGCGUUGACCUUGGGAGCAAUUCUUCUCUUCAAAACUUGCGAUUUCACCUUCUUACUCUCUUUCUUCUACUUCUUCUGAUCUCUCUCAACUUUUUCGUUACCAUGAAGAAGAAGCUCGAUACCCGUUUCCCUGCUGCUCGGAUAAAGAAAAUAAUGCAAGCUGAUGAAGAUGUUGGAAAGAUAGCAUUGGCUGUGCCUGUUUUAGUUUCUAAAGCUCUGGAGCUAUUUCUGCAAGACCUUUGUGACCGCACUUAUGAAAUAACUCUUCAAAGAGGGGCGAAAACCAUGAAUUCAUUGCAUUUAAAACAUUGUGUACAAAGCUAUAAUGUAUUUGACUUUCUGAAGGAUGUAGUCAGCAAGGUUCCUGACUACGGCCAUGGUCAUGGCCAUACUGAUGCUGGUGGUGCUGAUGAUCAGACCAUUCCUAAAAGAAGGAAAGCUGCAGGUGAUGAUGGUAAUGACAGUGAUGAAGAAGCUAAGAGGGGCAAGAUGCUUGAGUUGGGCCACACUAGCCCUACUGGCAGGGGAAGAGGCCGAGGUAGAGGAAGAGGACGAGGUCGAGGUCGAGGACGAGCUAUUCAAAGAGAGGGACAUCAUCAGGAGACUGAGUCUGAGCCUUGUCCUUCUGUUCAGCAAGUUAGCCAAAAUACUACAGAUACAAAUGUGGCUAUACUUGAUGGCACAGAGUCAAACGAGUUACCAAAGAAUAAUGUUGUUGUUCUUCCUGCUGAUAACUCUGACUCACUCCUUAAUAUUGAUCUGAAUGCCAAUAUGAACGAAAAUGAUGACAAAAAGGCUAGCACAGUUGCUAAUCUCACAGUCACUAUUCCCGAAGCCGCUAAUCCUGAAGCUGCCAAUCCCCCUGUGUCUGAACCUCCUCCACCAGACAGCAGUCAUCAUGAAGAAAUUCCGGGCUGGUCCCUUUCUGAGGUGGACAAGAUGGCCAUUGAUUCGAUGCAGCUUGCCCAGCUUGGUACACGAAUGGAUGAAGAUGAUGAAGAUUAUGACGAGGAAGGGUAAAUUGUAGUCUUCAGGAGAGGGAGAUUAGAUUAGCUAAAAGCUCAUUAUAAGUGUAGAAGAAGUAUAUACUAGUGUUAUGAUUAUAAGUAUUCACUAGCCGUCAUAACAUGUCUUAUGUUGACUGGGAAAAAAAGGGUUCUGAAUGUCCCAUUUGUUUAAUAUGGUUUAUCUAUGUUAGCACAUGUUCGCUGUUGUAUCUGUCAGUUAUGUUAGCUUGUUGUACUCUUAGGUCUGUGUAUUGUAUAUCAAUGUUCCAUAUGUAGUAAAAUUUUAUUUUAUGCAUCCAAA